AUGCCAGCCUUUGCCUAUCGCCACAUCAAGAACCUCUACCCAGUCUUUUGGAGCAAGAGUGUAGAAAUGGUCAAGAUGAUUGAGGAAGACCUAAAGAGCAGAAAGGCCAACGGGAAUAACGACAACACAGUCCAAAUCAGUAACUGGGCAAGUCGAGCAACCCUGGACAUAAUCGGCGUCGCCGGUAUGGACCAUGACUUCGACUCUCUUCGUGAUCCCGAGAACACCCUCAACCAGUCCUACCGCAAAAUCAUGUCCUCGCCACCCCUGAUCAUGAAAAUCCUUUUCGUGAUAGGUAUGAUGUUUGGUAACCUAACAUGGAUCCACUCAUUACCGACGAAACGCAACAAAGAUAUCAAGCAGAGUGGCGAGGUCAUCCGCAACGUCGCACGGCAGAUGAUCAGACAAAAGAAGGCAAAGAUGGAAGACCCCAAAGCUGAAACCGGCAUUGAUAUCAUCUCCGUUGCACUAAGCAGUGGCACCUUCGAUGAAGAAAACCUCGUGGACCAAUCCAUGACCUUCCUAGGUGCAGGCCACGAGACAACCGCCACAGCACUACAGUGGGCAGUUUACGCCCUCUGCAAGAACCCCAAUGUCCAAACUCGUCUACGGGAGGAAAUCCGCGCCAAUCUGCCCUCUCUCGACGAUCCGAACCCAAUCUCCGCAGCUGCAGUCGAUAAUCUGCCCUACCUAAACGCAGUGUGCAACGAGGUCCUCCGCUUCCACCCAUCUGUGCCGAUGACUAUACGCAAGGCGGUUCGUGACACAACCCUUGCAGACAAAUAUAUCCCCAAAGACACGACAUUCACAAUCUCCCCGCAAAUCCUGAACCGACUGGAAGAACUGUGGGGACCAGAUGCGAACGAAUUCAACCCGGACCGCUUUAUGGGUCCCGGUAAGGCUAACACCGGCGGUGCGGUUAGUAACUAUGCCUUUUUGACUUUCUUGCAUGGUCCGCGUAGUUGCAUUGGGCAGGGCUUUGCAAAGUCGGAGCUUGCUUGCUUGAUUGCUGCUACUGUCGGUCGGUUUCACAUGGAGUUCAAGUUUCCUGAUGCUAAGUUGGAGAUUCGGGAGGGGGCUACCGUUUCACCUAAAGAUGGGGUACUUGCCUUGCUUACGCCGUUGGAGGGGUGGUAG